AUGCAAGGGGAGGUGGAACUUCAUAAAACUAGAGGAGAAGAAAUCAACAACAACAACGUGGAAGAAUAUGAGGGUGUGACAAUUAUUCGUCCUAUAAAAGGGAUUGAUCCAGAAUUAUCAAGUUGUUUAGAAUCUUCAUUUUGUCAAAAUUAUCCAAAAGAUAAACUUCAGAUAUUGUUUUGUAUAGAUAAUCCCCAAGAUACACCCAUCCCCAUCAUAAAACAUCUCAUUGCCAAGUAUCCCACAAUAGAUGCUAAGAUUUUAAUAAGUGAAAAUUAUAACAAUGAUAUUGGUCAUAGUGAUGAUUAUUUCGGUCCAAACCCCAAAGUUAAUAAUUUAGCCAAAGGUGUUUCACAAGCUAAAUAUGAUAUAUUGUGGAUAAUGGAUAGUAAUGUAUGGGCCAGUUCUAACAUUUUAAAGAAUUCCAUACUCACAAUGAAAUAUAAUUUAAAUAAUGGAAGACAAUUAGGAAGUAGUGGCAACAGAAAAGUCAAACUAGUCCAUCACGUUCCAUUAGCCUUAAGUAUCAACAAGCAACCAAAUAAUUUCAAAACUAAUGAAGACUUGGAAUAUGGAUUAACACCCGUCCAAUCAAAUGAUUCCGAUUACUGUUCAAAUUCAAAUUCAAAUUCAAAUUCUUCAUCUUCAUUAGCAUCAUCAGUCGCUAUACAAAGAAAACCGUCACCAUUACGUGGCCCAAAUUCAUCACCACCCGAACCAUCAAGUUCCAAAGAGACAUCACCAAUAGCAUCCUCCCCCAUCAUAUCCAGAAGAAAACAUCUUUUUAAGAGUCUCGGAGCCAAGCUAGAUGAAAUGUUUCUCCACACCUCCCAUUCGAAAUUCUAUGUUGCAUUAAACAAUAUGUCCGUCGCCCCUUGUGUGAAUGGGAAAUCCAACAUUUAUAGAAAAUCAGAUCUUGAUCGAUCCGUUCAAUUAAUCCCAUCACAACCUUGUCCAUUUUUUGCCGAUCAGAAUGUGAAAAAUGACGCAAAGUAUUAUUCAUCUUUAGGACCCGGUCAUUCGAUGAAAUUCUUUUCUAGAUAUAUUGGGGAGGAUAAUAUGAUUGGAAUUGCCUUAUGGGAGAAUUGUGCUGGUAGGACCGGGUUGACGGGGGAUGUUGUCGUCCAACCCUUGAGUGGAAGUGAUAAUACUUUGAAUGAUUAUAUUAUGAGAAGGGUAAGAUGGCUAAGAGUAAGGAAAUAUAUGGUUUUAUUAGCCACCUUAAUUGAACCUACUACUGAAUCUAUUAUUUGUGGUUUAUAUGGAACAUUCGGACUAAGUGCGUUGUUUUUCAAUUGUAGAUUCUAUUGGCCCUGGUUCAUUUUUCAUAUGGUAAUAUGGUGCUUGACUGAUUAUGUGCAGUAUAACACGUUGGUCGGGCAUGUAUUCAACGAUCAGAAUUUAAUCGGAUAUGUUCCCAAAUGGUUGCAAAAACGACCAGACGAGGACCGUAAAGUGAUAGAUUGGUUGUAUAUCUGGUUUUUGAGAGAGGUCUUGGCAUUGCCAAUUUGGAUUAGUGCAAUUUGGGGCCAUGAGAUUGAUUGGAGAGGGAAACCUUUCAAGAUUAAGAAGGAUUUAACUGCAGAGGAAUUGUAA